UGUCCUGCUCUUCCUGGUCCGGCUUCUCCUCCAAAAGCGGCUUCUUGGGAAACUCGUGCCUUUUGCUUUUCUUUCUCGGAGGUUUUUGGAGGAAAAGGAGAAACGCCUGAGGCGGCGUUCUUGGGUUUAGAGGGAAGAAACUGGAGGGAGGAAGUUUUCUAGGCAGAAAGCUUCAUGCUGAUGUUUAUAAUGCUCCAGUAAAGUCUAGCAUUUCCCACAGUUUCAGGCUACUUUCCAAGGAUGAAAAUGGAGACCCGGGAACACCUUACAAGUCACAUACCAGGGCAGGUGCCAGGGGAAGUGAGAGGGAGCUGCCAUGCUGGGACAACAGAGGCAUUCCUGCAAAGGAGACAAAUGGAGGUGAAACAGGAACCUGACGAAGGUUCACUUCAGCAGUGGGAAACCCAAUGGCAGGAGUUCUUGAAGAGCUUGGAAGGCCCUCACCCAAACCAGGACACCUCCCAGUCGAAGGAGGAGCCAUGGGACGACACCAAAGCCUUCCUGGCCUCCUUUGAGCAAGUGGCCCAAGCCUGCCGGUGGCCCAAGGAAAAGUGGGUGCCCCGGCUACUGCCAGCUUUGAGCGGAGAAGCCAAGAGGGCCUUCAUUGGCCUGGGGGCCGAAGGCAGGGAAGAUUAUGGGAAAUUGAAGGCUGCCAUCUUGCACGGGGAUGCCAUGCGGCGGGAGGAGCAGCGGCAGUGUUUCCGGCGUUUCCGCUACCGAGAGGCCAAGGGCCCGAGAGAGGCUUACGGGCAGCUUCAGGAACUGUGUUGCCGGUGGCUGAAAGCUGAAAGGCAUUCGAAGGAGCAGAUCCUGGAGCUGCUGAUCAUGGAGCAGUUCCUGGCCAUCCUGCCUCCAGAGAUAACAGCCUGGAUCAAGGAAUGUAGUCCAGAGACUUGCUCCCAGGCAGUGGCCUUGGCAGAGGACUUCCUCCAGAAGCAGUGUGAGCAAGAGUCCAGGAGGCAGGCAAACCAGGUGCAGUUAGAGGAAGAGGAGAUGUCGGGUUCCCCUGAAGCUGGUCAAGCCCUGCCUGAGAUAGAGCAAAAGAAGCUUCGUCUGGCGACCAAACAGGAAAAUGACGACAGGAAUGCUGGACCCUUUGCUGAUGAAAGGAAAAAUGAGAAUGAGGGGAAACUAAGUGAGGAUUCCUCAGAAAGAACAGUGUGUCAAGCUUUGAAGGAGAAUGUUUGGAGCCAAGGUGGGCCAACAAGCAAAGACAGAAGCCAUGUGGAGAAGCCAAAAGCCAAAUCCUUCCCAUUUCAGGUGGGAAGCUUCCACGAAAUUUCAGUCCAGCAGGAAAGUGAGAAAGAAAAAAAGGGGAUUGCUUUCCCCAGUGUUCAUUGGAGAAUUCGCCCUGAGGACCAAACAGAUUUAAUGUUUGCAAAGACUAUCAAUCAAAGUGGAAACCUCACUGAAUGUGACAUGCUUUAUGAAGGGAUGAGUUCAUACAUGUACCUGAAUAAAAGUACUUCUGCAGAUGAGAGACAGUGUAUGAAUUCAGAGCUUACACAGGAGUUGGAAGAGAGGACUGAAGGGGAUUUUCAGAUGGAGUCCCCUGAACGUUCUCCUACCUGUGGCCGUGCAUCCCCAGCAGGCAGUGGGCAAAAUGAGGGACGUGCAGGUUUUGAGGCCGUACCUUUAUCCCUGGGGCUUGGAAGGCCUAGGUCCUCCGUCUGGGACCACUUCCAGGUGCGGCUAGAGGAUCGCACACAGGCGGUGUGCAAGCACUGUAAAAGAAAAGUCAGUAGGGGCAAAAACAUAAAACAUCUGUCUACAACUGGGAUGCAGAUGCAUCUCAGGAGGCACCACCCUCUGCAAGCUGGCACGCUUCCUCAGACUGGGACUGUUUGUGGCAGAAGUAGCAACAAGACACCUUCCAGUCCCCCUGCUGCCGGAAGGGAGAAGAGGCAGGCCACCCUAGAGCAGUGGGACGCGAUCAGGGGCAAGGACAGAGUGGGUGGCAAGCUGCCCACUGUGAAGGAGAUCACCCAGUGCCUGGGAGAGAUGCUGGCUCUCGAUGACCAGCCCUUCCUAAUGGUAGAGCAAGAAGGGUUCUGUCGCUUGAUGGCAUUGGUGGCUCCCUACUACAAGAUCCCCUCACAUACCACCUUCUCGAGGAUGGUGGUGCCAUCCCUGUAUCAUGGCUGCAGGGAACAUGUUGAGCAGUUGCUGGAUGGUGCCGGAUCGACAUCCAUCCACUUCACCACAGGCAUUUGGUCCAGUACGGGUGAAAGCAAUGCAUACCUCUCCCUCACAGGUCAUUGGUGGGAGAGAGAGGGCGCCAUGGAGACAGGGCAUCGCUGGGCCCUGCUCCAUGUAGAAGUGAUAGACAAGGCCCACACUUCUGCCGAGUUUCGCCGGGCCAUAGACCGCAUGCUGGAGGAGUGGCUGUCUGGGAGGCAGCAUCUCACCCGCGGUUUUAUGGUAAUGGAUAACAGGGCAAAUAUAGUACAGGCAAUGGAGGACGCUGGCUUCCGAGGCGUGAGCUCUUUUGCGCACAUGCUCCAUCUCACCAUCUGUGAAGGGCUAGGGCUGGCUGGUACGUCCUCUACAGAGACCCUCCCAAGUGGCAUCCGAGACAUCACUAAACUGAUUGACCGGUGCCGCAAGAUCACGGAUCAUUUCCACUGCAGCAUCAAGGCUGGAAGACUGCUGCAGGGGAGGCAGGCCAUGGAGCGGGUCCUGCAACACAAACUGUUGCUGGACAUCCCCACCCGAUGGGACUCCACUUUCCUGAUGCUCCAGUGGCUGGUGGAGCAGCAGAAGGUGAUCCAAGGCCUGGAAUUGGAGGGUCUCGGCCCUGUGCAGACGCCCUUGUCAAAGCACGAUUGGGACUGCAUCUCCCAGAUGGUCUCUGUGCUCCAGCCCUUCUUGGAGGCCACAGAGACCCUGAGUGCUUCAACAGCCCUUCUCAGUCACGUGCUCCCUCUGGUGCUGGGACUGAAGGAGCACCUGGAAAGCCUCGAGGGGGACAGUGCCCUUGCCAACCUGGAUUGGACGCUGACACCCCAGGUGCAGGCAGUGGUGACGCGCUUGACUAGUGCCGUCACAAAACACCUGGAGCCACUCUUCAGUAGUAGGGCGCACAUGUUGGCUGGCAUGUGUGAUCCACGCAUGAAGGUCACUGUAUGCUUCAAGAACACGGCCGCACACUGGAAGGCUGAACUGGUGUCAGCAGUCAGGGCGGCAUACCUACACAGGGGCGGAGAGAGAGAAGGUGUAGCUUGCACACCUGCUGCCACCACCUCACCACCCUCACCCACACCAGGGACCCUGUGCAGCACUGCCAGCAGGGAAUCACCCGUCCCCAUGGCUGGCAGGCGGCAGCAUCAGGAGAAUGGGAACUUUACCAGGGCCUUGGCCAAGAUGGUUGGGCCCAAGUACGGUCAGCCAUGCAGGAGAGACAAGGCGGAGGUUUCUGUAAACCAGUAUCUGGAGGAGCCGGUGGAGGAUCUGUCCUGCGACCCACUGGCCUACUGGGUAUCCCGGAGCCAGAUGUGGCAGGAUCUGGCGACGGUUGCCCGGGAACACCUCAGUUGUCCACCGACCACCGCAUUGAGUGAGAGGGUGUUCAAUAUGGUUGGAGAUGUUGUCACCCCUCACUGGACCACGUUGGACCCUGCCACGGUGGAACAGCUGUUGUUCCUCAAGGCCAAUCUGCCCCUCCUGGGCUUCCCGGAGCUAGAUCCCCAGCUGAGUUGAGUAUGGCAGGCACUGGCUGCAUUGUUGUUGCAAAACUCCUACUCCAACAAUUUGAGUUUGUUGACACUUGCUCGGGUAGCAUUAAUACGUCAUGUUUCCUGCUACCCUAAAAGAACCCUGAAAAUGAUGACUUUUUCCACAGGGGAUGGGUGGCUGGGUGUAUAUUUGAAGGUAAUAUCAACAUGUCUAAAUAAAUACACUUCCAGGUGUUGAGUUCCAAGUUCA